AUGAGUUCCCUACGAUUCCUCGAUCUGGUCAAGCCGUUCGUGCCGUUCCUCCCAGAGGUUCAGCAGCCGGAGACCAAGAUCCCCUUCAACCAGAAGCUCAUGUGGACGGCCCUCACCCUCCUCAUCUUCCUGGUCAUGAGCCAGAUGCCUCUCUACGGUAUCGUCUCCUCCGACAACUCGGAUCCUCUAUACUGGCUGCGAAUGGUCAUCGCGAGUAACCGUGGUACACUGAUGGAAUUGGGUAUCACACCCAUCAUCUCCUCUGGCAUGGUUUUCCAGCUCCUUGCUGGCACCCACAUGAUCGACGUCAACCUUGACCUCAAGUCCGACCGCGAGCUCUACCAGACCGCCCAGAAGCUUCUGGCCUUUAUCCUCUCCGCCGGUACUGCUACUGUCUACGUCUUCUCCGGUCUCUAUGGACCUCCCUCCGACCUUGGUGCUGGUAUUGUCUUCCUCCUGAUCCUCCAGCUCGUUGUUGCCGGUAUGAUUGUUAUCCUCCUCGACGAGCUGCUCCAGAAGGGUUACGGUCUUGGCAGCGGUAUCUCUCUGUUCAUUGCCACCAACAUCUGCGAGUCCAUCAUGUGGAAGGCUUUCUCUCCCACCACCAUCAACACUGGCCGUGGUCCCGAGUUUGAGGGUGCUGUCAUUGCCCUCUUCCACCUCCUCAUGACCUGGCCCAACAAGCAGCGAGCUCUCCAGGAGGCUUUCUACCGCCAGAACCUCCCCAACAUCAUGAACCUCCUUGCCACCAUUGCCGUCUUCGCCGCUGUCAUCUACCUCCAGGGUUUCCGCGUCGAGAUCCCCGUCAAGUCUUCUCGCCAGCGUGGUGCUCGUGGAUCUUACCCCGUCCGCCUGUUCUACACCUCCAACAUGCCCAUCAUGCUGCAGUCCGCUCUUUCUUCCAACGUCUUCCUUAUCAGUCAGAUGCUCUACUCCCGCUUCUCUGAGAACCUCCUUGUCCGUCUCUUCGGUGUCUGGGAGGCUAAGGAUGGUUCUUCUCAGCUCCACGCUACCUCUGGUCUCGUCUACUACAUGUCUCCUCCCCAGAACCUGAAGGAGGCUCUUCUCGAUCCUAUCCACAUGAGCGCCUACAUCGUCUACAUGCUUGGUGCUUGUGCUCUCUUCUCCAAGACCUGGAUUGAGGUUUCUGGCUCCAGCCCUCGUGAUGUUGCCAAGCAGCUCAAGGAUCAGGGUCUCGUCAUGGCUGGUCACCGUGAUCAGUCCAUGUACAAGGAGCUCAAGCGCAUCAUUCCUACUGCCGCCGCCUUUGGCGGUGCCUGCAUUGGUGCGCUCUCCGUCACCAGUGACCUUUUGGGCGCUCUUGGUUCCGGUACCGGUACUCUCCUUGCUGUCACUAUCAUCUACGGUUACUUCGAAAUCGCCGCCAAGGAGGGUGACAUGGCCGGUAUGAAGGGCAUGAUUAUGGGCUAA